ACCUUGGGCAAGACCACCAGACCAGCAAGAUGAAGGUGAAAUGGACCAAGUUAGGCAUGGUGGUCUUUUUGCUAAUAUCCUUGGUCAUGACGGGAUGCUUUAUUUGGCAGUACAGGAUGCCAAAAUUAAAAAUAGACAAUGUUGUGAACAUUGAGGUGAAGGAGGAAAAGAUGUGCCCUCGUUUCCCUGAGCCAGUACUCCUGGAACAUCCCAUCCCUGCACUUAAGGAAGCAUUAGAAAAGAUAGAUGUUGUCCUAAGGUUAAGUAUUCAUGACACUACACUACCAGCUCUGUCUGCCAUCGUUGUCUUCAACGAUUCUGUGUUGUGGAACGGAAACUUUGGCAGAAGGAACGGGAGUGAUCCCUCCUCGCCUCCACCCAAUGAAUACACAGUGUACAGAAUUGCUAGUCUCUCAAAGAUCUUCCCGACACUGAUGCUGUACAAGCUAUGGGAGGAGGGGAAGGUGGCCUCCUUGGAUGACCCUUUUGAGAAGUAUGCAGCAAACUUCACCAUCAAGAACCCGCUGGGGAAGCGGCGGGAAGUUGUGGAUGUCAAGGCUGGUUCUGACAGAGAUACCCAGCCACGCUCUCCCUCUGUCACCCUGCGCAGGAUGGCCGGUCAGCUCUCUGGGUUACCCAGGCGGCUUCGGGCAACAAAUCUACUCUGGGGUGGUGACACAGAGGCUGCUAUAGAUCUAUUACAGGAUGAUGUCCUAGUGGCAGACCCAGGCACCAAAUGUCACUACAGCAAUGUGGCCUUCUCUUUAUUGGCUAAUGUCUUGGCCGAGAACUUUGCAAAAUCCGACUACGAGAGCUGGGUGUCCGACAACAUCCUGGAGCAGCUGGGGAUGGAGGACACAGGCUUUGAUAUAACCCCAGCCAUUCAGAGCCAGAUGGCGGUGGGUGUGUACAGCAGCGGCCAAUCGGCACCCCUCUACGACCUGGGCUGGUAUCGGCCCGCUGGCCAGAUGUACUCCACGGCGGCCGACAUGGCCAAACUGGCCAUGGUGCUUCUGGGGGCCUACAGCCGGCCCCUCCUCCAACAUGACACCCUGAAGACCCUGCUGACCCCUCUGUUUCGCUGCCACCAGGGCUACUUCGCCAACUACACCGGCACGCCCUGGGAGGUCAACGAGCAGCUGGGCUACGAGGUGGUUCGUAAGGACGGAGACCUGGACGGCUACGCCACCACCUUCUCCCUGGUUCCCCGACUGAAGCUGGGCCUGGUGGUGCUGAUGGCCGGGGUGAGGCCGCCAACAAUGGACGGGGAUCUGGUCACCCAGGCCUACAGCCACCUCAUCCCAGCCAUGGAGAGCGCUUUCAGGAAUGCACAGCGCAAGCUCUCGCCGCCGCCCGACCCCACGCCCUAUGUGGGCCUCUUCACCUACCAGAACAUGACCUUCUAUGAGAUAAAGGCGAGUUUGGGCGGGGUGCUGGUCAUGCAGCAGUUUGGGCCCCAGGUGGACACCAUGAUACUGGCCAAGUACAGGACUAUCAGGCUGGACUUCCUGCAGGAGAGGGUGUUCAGGGUGGUGUUCGAGGGGGAGUACCCCUGCAAACUGAAGGUCAACAGCAUGUCAGUGUCUCUGGAGACCCAGGACAGGCAACUCUUUAACUUCUAUUAUUUCAACAAGAAGGGCGUGUCGCCUGGAUUCGACUCUCCUGGGCUCAACACUUACAAAGUGCUCCGGAUAGCUCGACGGCCAAUCUUCAACAGUUAAACCCUGAACUGUUUUUAUUGUAUGGAAUCACAGAUGGAAUUCUGUAUUUUAAGUGGAUCAUUUCAGAGCCUGAACAGUGUGCAGAGACUUUGGAAUUUAAAUUUUUCUACCCUUUCAAAUGCUUAUUUUUUAUGUGUAUGACGUCACAUGAAUGAGUAAAUUGUUGUUUUCCUACAGUGAAUGUCAGAGGGCCUUGUUAUUGUGUUCUGUAAAGUAGUGCAAUUGUAAGUCGUUUUAUAAUUAUCUUAUCUUCAAUGUCAAUUGUCUUCCAUGCAAAUAUCAUGCGGUCUCUUGCAUGAAGUUAUUCUUAUUGAAUGAUCCAUCAUUAAGGUUUCAUUAAGGUUAAAUGAAAUGGGUGCGUUAUAUUGUUUGUUGUUAUACUGUCGUCACUAUGAUAGUUAUUUGUCUCACAACAAAAUAUGACUGUGGUGACAAUUCUGUAACCUAAUGUCCACUUUUCUCACUUUUAAUUCAUUUAGGUGCCUCAAAUGACCUUGGGAAAGAAAAUCCUGUUGUCUAAAUGUUUUGUCUCCACAGGUUAGAAGGCAAGUGCAGAGCUACCUGGCCUAAAGGAAAACGCCACCCAAAAACGAUAUUUGGGGAUUUGUUUCAUUAGUCCAUUGUUGAUAUAGUCCCAAAAUGUUUUGCAUGUCAGUAAAUCAAGUUUCAAGAUAUGUAACUUUCAAAAUACAAUAAUACUGCAUUCAUACAAUGCAAUUAUACAAAAUUGAGUAGAGUCCAUAUGCUGUCAACACAA